UCUUAUAUUUGGCGUUACUGCUGAAAGAUAUGGCUGCAUACAUUGUAUUAGCCUGCUAACUCGACGUUUACGUUUGACAUAAGCUUAAUUCUUCGACCAACGUUUUGAAAUUGUAUGAUAACAAGCAAGUUAUAUCGCUUCUGUAGACACAAAAAAAUCGUUAACUAUGUUAACGACUUUCUGAGUUUUGUAAAUCACGUUAGCUACCAAGCUAUACAAAGGAGAAACCAGUUAGCCAGCUACUAGCCUAGUUAGUACUAGGUGGCUAGCUAGUUUAGCUCCUUACGAAGUGUUUUAUUGUUAUUUUGUUACCAGCUAGAUAAAAAAAACAUAGCUGGAUACAUUUGCUGGUGUUACAAAGAAAAAAGCGUCUAUCGAGCCUCAAUGCCCGAACAAGGCCCAAGGAUGAAUGGUUUUUCCCUCGGCGAACUAUGCUGGCUAUUCUGUUGCCCGCCCUGUCCCAGUCGCAUCGCAUCCAAACUAGCCUUUCUCCCUCCCGAACCCACGUACUCCGUACAUACCGAUGCUAACGGGACAAGUAGCCUGCAUCUAUCCGAGCGAGCAGACUGGCAGUACUCCCAACGCGAACUGGACGCUGUCGAGGUGUUCAACACCAGAACCAGUCGGGGAAACCGGCUGGGUUGCAUGUUUGUACGAUGCGCACCCAACAGCCGGUACACGUUGCUCUUUUCCCACGGUAACGCAGUGGACUUAGGCCAAAUGUGCAGUUUCUACAUCGGCCUCGGUUCGAGGAUAAACUGCAACGUCUUCUCGUAUGAUUAUUCGGGGUACGGUGUCAGCAGCGGGAAACCGUCAGAAAAGAACCUGUAUGCGGACAUCGAGGCUGCCUGGCAGGUGCUAAGGAACAAGUAUGGAGUGGCCCCAGAGAACAUCAUCCUGUAUGGCCAGAGCAUCGGCACGGUACCCACGGUGGAUCUGGCAGCGCGCUACGAGUGUGCCGCCGUCAUCCUGCACUCACCUCUUAUGUCCGGCCUGCGAGUGGCCUUCCCUGACACGCGCAAGACCUACUGCUUCGACGCCUUCCCCAGCAUCGACAAGGUGUCCAAGGUGGCGUCGCCGGUGCUGGUGAUCCACGGCACGGAGGAUGAGGUGAUCGACUUCUCGCACGGCCUGGCAAUGUACGAGCGCUGCCCGCGUGCUGUGGAGCCCCUGUGGGUGGAGGGCGCCGGGCACAACGACAUCGAGCUCUACGCCCAGUACUUGGAGCGACUCAAGCAGUUCAUCUCCAUCGAGCUGCCCACAUCCUGAUCUCCCUUGGCCUCCUCCACUAAAACCUAGCGGGGGGCUGCGUAUCAAGUCUAAAAUGGCUUCCUUUUUUCUUUCCUUGAUCUGUGCAGAGAGAAGUGGAUUGGUGGACAUUUGAUACCUGAAAUCCACCAUGCUGGUUUGUAUUGUUUAUCGGUGCAGAUGUUGGAGAGGAGGAAGUGUUGAGAUGCUUCCCCCAGUGCUUAACCAGGUCAGGCUGAGCUGAGCCAGGCCAAGGCCAAGGCAUCCCCGGCGCUCAUAUGUGGACAGGUCCCAGGUCUCUUUGCCAAGGAGCUAGGGCCCGCUCACUAUUUGCACUUGCUCUUCAAUCUGGAUCUCGAUUUGAUUCUCCUUCUCUCUGUCUCUCUCUCUGUCGGUGGGGAUGUGAUAAAUUCCCUCUGCGAUCUUGUUCUCUAUUUCAUCUGUUUCUCUCUUUUAUGCUCAUGAUUGAUUGACUUUGUAUUUUUUUCUACCUGAUGAAGAACAAUCUGUUUUGCACCUCAGAUACAUGGUUAAUGUUCUUGCUUGUUUGUGUUUGUUAAAAAUUGUUUUGUCUUUUUAUUUUUUUAUUUUAUUCUGGGUGAAUUCAAACGAAUGCACUGUUAUUGUGCAGAUAUUUUCAGGUAAUCAUACUGUAUGUUCUGAUGUAGGUUUUUUGUUAUCUUAUUGACAUUCCAUGUGUUUCACUACACAGAGAAACUCAUUCCCAUCUUGUUUUCAAGGCCAGUGUGUGACCGUGUGGUUGAAAAACAUCAUUACCCAGCUCACCCCUGGGUGUCUCACCUCUGUAACAGUGCUCUUGUUAACUGGAGGUCAUGUGGUAAGUAGGGCCAGGUGUUUUUCCUCAACUAGGGUUUUCCAGUGACGGACACCACCUGACCCUAAUGAUGACACUUGACCAUGUAUCAAAUAAAAACACACCUACAGUGUACUGUAAUGGAACCUGUGUCCCAGGACUGAAUCAGCCCCUGACCUCGCGGCCUGGAUUUGAACACCCCUAUGCGGAAUCCCAAAUCUACCCCUAGCCAGUACUGUCUCUAGACACACCUGAUCUGCCCCUAGCCAGUACUGUCUCUAGACACACCUGAUCUACCCCUAGCCAGUACUGUCUCUAGACACACCUGAUCAGCCCCUAGCCAGUACUGUAUCUAGACACACCUGAUCAGCCCCUAGCCAGUACUGUCUCUAGACACACCUGAUCAACCCCUAGCCAGUACUGUCUCUAGACACACCUGAUCAGCCCCUAGCCAGUACUGUCUCUAGACACACCUGAUCAGCCCCUAGCCAGUACUGUCUCUAGACACACCUGAUCUACCCCUAGCCAGUACUGUCUCUAGACACACCUGAUCAACCCCUAGCCAGUACUGUCUCUAGACACACCUGAUCAGCCCCUAGCCAGUACUGUCUCUAGACAACACCUGAUCUACCCCUAGCCAGUACUGUCUCUAGACACACCUGAUCUACCCCUAGCCAGUACUGUCUCUAGACAACACCUGAUCUACCCCUAGCCAGUACUGUCUCUAGACACACCUGAUCAGCCCCUAGCCAGUACUGUCUCUAGACACACCUGAUCAGCCCCUAGCCAGUACUGUCUCUAGACACACCUGAUCAGCCCCUAGCCAGUACUGUCUCUAGACAACACCUGAUCUACCCCUAGCCAGUACUGUCUCUAGACAACACCUGAUCUACCCCUAGCCAGUACUGUCUCUAGACACACCUGAUCAGCCCCUAGCCAGUACUGUCUCUAGACACACCUGAUCAGCCCCUAGCCAGUACUGUCUCUAGACACACCUGAUCAGCCCCUAGCCAGUACUGUCUCUAGACACACCUGAUCAGCCCCUAGCCAGUACUGUCUCUAGACACACCUGAUCAGCCCCUAGCCAGUACUGUCUCUAGACACACCUGAUCAGCCCCUAGCAAGUACUGUCUCUAGACACACCUGAUCAGCCCCUAGCCAGUACUGUCUCUAGACACACCUGAUCAGCCCCUAGCCAGUACUGUCUCUAGACAACACCUGAUCAGCCCCUAGCCAGUACUGGCUCUCGACACACCUGAUCAGCCCCUAGCCAGUACUGUCUCUAGACACCCGUGUAGAUCUGAAAGGAACAGAUUUAAGCAGUAUUCAUGUUUUUCUGCCUUGCUGUUCGGGGGAUUUUUUACCAUAUUGCUAAGACCUAUCCAUUUAUUUCAGAUCUAGAGGUAUGUCUCGGGCGUAGGAGUUGAUUUGGGAUUCGGCACCAGUGUACGUGUUUUUCUUCAGAAGUUUUCCGUGAAGCCAUUUUGUUCGUCUGUUCAGAAUUAAGAUUGAGUUUAAUGUAAAUGCUUUGGGUUGCUUUCCUUUCAUUUCAACACUACAAAUAAAGCCUUAAGUCUGUGGACAUUUCACCCUAACAUUCCUGUCGACUUGAGUUGGUGAGUCUCAUGGUCUGCAGGGGGACUGACUGCUGCUAUCGGUUCGUUUGGAGGAAUCUUCUCAAUCACUGUGAAAAUAUGUUUUGGGGUAAUACUGAUCAAAAAGGUACUUCACCUAAUGCAAUCUCAAUGAGUCUUCACAUGUAGAUGAGAGAUUUUUGAGCCAUCUCACCACCAUUUGCAGAUUCUGGCUGUAUCCCUUUGGGGGUAAGGGGGAUUCCCCCCAACAGACCCUUUCCCUGAUCCCCAUCUCGUUUCACUCCAAAGAACUCUGCAAGUGUCACCAAGACUACGUUUUGGAAGAAACACUGCAUGCAAACAACUUUUCAUAAAGGACAUUUUGAGUGUAGCGAGUGAAGAAGGCAGAGGAAUCACUGGGUUGGAAGUAUUCUGCAAAUGUUCUCAGCUGUAAAAAAAGAAGAGAGAAACACUACACUGCUCACGGAGUGUCCUUUUCGAAGGAGGUAAAAGUGAAGGAUAUGUGCAUAGCAACUUGUGAUUAACGUUUUGACUGAACAGUGUAUUGCUGUGGGGUGAUGGCUGUAUUUUGCGGUCGUGGUUGGGUUUUCGUGUGAUGAAUAAAAGAUUCUAGUGUUUUCUCGUCAUAACUUACUAAGGGGCCUAUGUUUUGACACAACGAGCCCUUUAACUUAACAUCUAGUUUUUUCUGCUUGUCUUUUUAAAGAACGAAAAACUGCUUUAGUCCCAUUUAUUGUUUUGAUACUGACACUUUUACAAUGUUAUUUUCCAGUAAAUGUUGAUAGAUUUACACUCUAAUGCUGGUUUGUCAGAACCAUAUGUAAUGUAUCUAUAUCCUCUAUACAUAAUAUAAAACAUUGAUUUAAGGGCUAUUUUAGCCUACUUGAGUUUAACACUGGGGUCACAGUAUGCAAAUCUAAUGCAUCAAAAAAACUAGUGGGUACAGAGGUUUCUUAGUGUUAAACUCACAAAGAAAAAGCCUUAAAUGUGCCGUGCUACAGAUUGUCAUUCAUGUUGGCUGUGUUGCUUUCUGGCAACACAGUGGAUGUUUUAAUGCUUAAUGGAAUAAAGAAUGCAUGGAAUUACA